AUGCCCUUCUUCACGCGUCUGGCUGCUUUCUUUUGCAGCCUAGCAUCACCUCGGGCGCUGAAGACAGCUGCUCUCUUCAUCACUGCCUCACUGGGCCAUCAACGCACCACCACCGACCCCGUAAUCGCCGUCAGUGCCACCACCACCUCUGCCGAUAUCGACAAGGCCGUCAUAACGCUACGGCAUCCGAGGCCCCAGGUCCCUAAGCCGCGCCUUGGGCGAGCCAUGAUCCUGCCUACAUUCUGUCUCAUCAUCAUGAUGGGUGCUGUGACAGCGGGCACGUUGUAUGGCGGCCACUUGCAGCAGGCUGCGGGUAGUGCGUAUUCUGAGGAUAUAUCAGACGGCGCCAGAGGUCCGAUGGUGGGGGCGGCGGCGAAUAAAUUAUCAGCUGUAGCUGAUGAGGAGGAACCAGACAUCGAGGAGAUGUCCUACCGGGGCGAGCCAAAGGAGGCUGCGAACCCAUACCCCAAUCCGAUUGUCGUACCGCCCCUCCAGGGCUAUAAGUACGACAUCGCGCUUAGCACGGGGUACCGGUCCCUGUACGGCGCCACUUUCGCCUCCUGCCUCGUGGGCCUGAUGGCGUCCGGGGCCAUGCUACACGCCAGGGCGCUGCACCUGCUGCUGAGCGACGCAAAACUGCUGAACAUGAGCCUGCUGCACAAUCUGGCGCACAUGGGCACGAAUGUGCGGAUGCACCCAGAUAUGAGUCCAUUCUUCGGUGUUUACCCCCCCAGGCUGCUGCGCGUGCCGGACCUGCUGCCUGGCGGCCAGUACGGCAGUACCCCCGCAUCCAACCCCGCACACCGCCAGCUAGCUGCGGAUGCGGGGCUGGGGCCGGGGCCGGGGCCGGGUGCUGGUGCGACGGGCAGUGCUGUGGCGCUCGGUGGGAGCGACCUGCCGUCCGUGUUUCUUGAGGACGACGUGUGGCCGGUGGACGACUUCCCUCGAAAGAUGCACUUGGUCGCCUCCCUUGCGGCCGUUAGGACGGGUGGAUUGCCUUUCGUCAUCAAGCUCUACCUCCAUUCUGGCACGUACGGCUACCCGGCAGUGAUUCGCGCAGAGCACGCCAAGACCUGUAACGUGACUGUGACCCAGUUUCCCAUCCCCGAACACCCGGAGGGCAACAGCGACUUCAAGCCUGCUUUCAAGGGCGCCGUUGAGGGCGGCCCCGGGGCUGUGCUGGUGACUGCUUUUCCAAGGAGCAGUGGCAGUAGUGGCGAUGCCGGGAACAGCACCGAUACCGGCGGCAGCACCGGCAGCGGUGACGGAGACCCAUCGCUGAGUGGUUACAGGCCCAUUCCGCGCAUUUACAAGUGGGGGGCACAGGGUCUGUACUUUUCCGAUGGGCUCACGAGGCGGCGCCUGGCGGACUGCUACCUGCACUACACCGCCCGGUCCUUCGAGAAGCAGCGGCGGUAUAAAGAUUGGCCACUCAAAAUGUGCCUCGCCGACCUCAAUAUUAAUGUGUACGACAGUGGCCGGUCUCUGGUGCAGCAUAUCGGGGCCGCCAGCAGCCUGUUUGGAGACGCAAGCACGAACUCACGCUACCACCGGGCUUGCAGCUUCCCAUUCUUGGAGAAGCUCCCAUCCGAAGAUGAACAGAGUGACUGGCAUUGA